GCAGCAUCCACAACGGGGUGAUCGCUGUCUUCCAGCGCAAGGGGCUGCCCGACCAGGAGCUUUUCAGCCUCAACGAAGGCGUCAGGCAGCUGCUGAAGACAGAGCUGGGGUCCUUCUUCACGGAAUACCUGCAGAACCAGCUGCUGACGAAAGGCAUGGUGAUCCUGAGGGACAAGAUCCGCUUCUACGAGGGACAGAAGCUGCUGGACUCCCUGGCGGAGACCUGGGACUUCUUCUUCAGCGAUGUGCUGCCCACGCUCCAGGCCAUCUUCUACCCGGUGCAGGGCAAGGAGCCGUCGGUGCGCCAGCUGGCCCUGCUGCACUUCCGCAACACCAUCACCCUCAGCGUGAAGCUGGAGGACGCGCUGGCCCGCGCCCACGCCCGCGUGCCUCCCGCAAUCGUGCAGAUGCUGCUGGUGCUACAGGGCGUGCAUGAGUCCCGGGGUGUGACCAAGGACUACCUGCGGCUGGAGACACUGAUCCAGAAGGUGGUGUCGCCCUACCUGGGCACCUAUGGCCUCUAUUCCAGCGAGGGCUCUUUUACACACUCCUGCAUCCUGGAGAAGCACUUCCUGCGCCGCUCCCGCUCCGGGGACAUCCUGGCCAAGAACCCGGUGGUGCGCUCCAAGAGCUACAACACGCCGCUGCUGAACCCGGUGGCCGAGCACGAGGCGGAGGGCACGGCGGCCAAUGGCACCGGCAUCCGCAGACACUCGGUUUCCGAGAUGACGUCCUGCCCCGAUGCGCCCAGCCAGGGCCCCAUGGGGGACUUCGCACCCUCCACGGGUCCCCAGUCCGGGCCCUGCCCCAGCAGACUGUACCCACCCACGCAGCCCCCGGAGCCGGGCCCCGCCGGCAGCUCCCCGCCCUCCUCCAGCCCCGAGAACCUGGUGGACCAGAUCCUGGAGUCCGUGGACUCGGACUCCGAAGGCAUCUUCAUUGACUUUGGCCGGCGCAGUGGGUCUGGCGCCUCAGGGUUUGAGGGGGCCAGGGGUCGGCAGAGCAUCGUGUGAGGGCCCCGGGUUUUUAUGGAGCCCAAGAGCGUGCCUGUGUGUGCGUGCGUGCGUGCGUGCGUGUGAUUUUUUUACUCUGUCCCGUCCAGUCCCCAGCCAGCCUCUGCCACUUUGGCUUCUCCGUCUUUGUUGGAGAAACCACCUCCUCCCC